GCACAGGUGAGGUGUGAGGUGUGAAGUCCGUCCAGUACGCAUGCGUUUAGUCACAAAUCAGUAUUUGAAGCAGAGUGUGUGAGCAGGUGUGUAUCAGUGUGAGGACGAGUGCUGCGAGAGAACCACAAGCUCGUCUCAGAACAGAUCGGCCACAAUGUGGGAAUAUUUCAGCUUCUCCAGGGUCCGCAGCGGCCAGAAGAACGGGACGGUUAUCGCCAUCAACAACCCAGCAGAUAUCUCCGUUAUAGUCAUCUACUUCGUGGUGGUCCUGGCAGUUGGAAUAUGGGCUAUGGUGAGGACCAAUCGCUCCACUGUGGGUGGAUUCUUCUUGGCUGGACGCAGCAUGGUGUGGUGGCCGAUCGGAGCAUCUCUGUUUGCCAGUAACAUCGGCAGCGGGCAUUUCGUGGGUCUGGCAGGAACCGGGGCCGCCGCAGGAAUCGCCAUUGGAGGAUUUGAAUGGAAUGCUCUUAUUGUUGUCCUUCUUCUAGGAUGGAUUUUCGUCCCUAUCUACAUCAAGGCAGGGGUGAUCACCAUGCCCGAGUAUCUGAAGAAGCGAUUCGGGGGUAAUCGCAUACGAAUUUACCUCUCCGUUCUCUCACUGAUCCUCUACAUCUUCACUAAGAUCUCGGCGGACAUGUUCUCUGGAGCCAUCUUUAUUAACCAGGCUCUGGAAAUGAACAUCUACUUGGCCGUCGUCAUGCUGCUCCUUAUCACGGCGCUCUACACCGUCACAGGUGGUCUCGCUGCAGUUAUUUACACAGACACACUGCAGACCAUCAUCAUGGUAGUGGGAUCAUUCAUUUUAAUGGGCUUUGCGUUUGAUAAGGUCGGAGGAUAUGAGGGUCUGCAGGAGAAGUACAUGAAUGCCAUUCCCUCAGUAGUGGGGAACUACAGCGAGGCGUGUUACACUCCGCGAGCCGACUCCUUCCACAUCUUCAGAGAUCCACUGACCGGAGACAUGCCGUGGCCCGGCCUCAUAUUCGGCCUCACCAUUCAGGCAGGCUGGUACUGGUGCACAGACCAGGUGAUCGUCCAGCGUUGUCUCUCAGCUAAGAACAUGUCCCACGUGAAGGCUGGCUGCAUCCUGUGUGGUUACCUCAAACUCCUGCCCAUGUUCCUCAUGGUGUUCCCUGGCAUGAUCAGCAGAGUGCUUUACCCUGACGAGGUGGCGUGUGUGGUUCCUGAGUUGUGUAAAGAGUACUGCGACACUGAGGUGGGUUGCACCAACAUCGCCUACCCCAAGCUGGUGGUGGAUCUCAUGCCUAAUGGUCUCAGAGGUUUGAUGCUGUCCGUCAUGUUGGCGUCCCUGAUGAGCUCGCUCACCUCCAUCUUUAACAGCUCCAGCACACUCUUCACCAUGGAUAUCUACGCCAAGGUGCGCAGCAAAGCCUCUGAGAAGGAGCUUAUGAUCGCUGGCAGGUUGUUCAUCUUGGUCCUGAUCGGUAUCAGCAUCGCAUGGAUUCCCAUCGUGCAGUCGGCUCAGAGCGGGCAGCUCUUCGACUACAUCCAGUCUGUAACAAGUUACUUAGCUCCGCCCAUCGCCGCCGUCUUUACACUCGCCAUUUUCUGCAAGAGAGUCAACGAACCGGGUGCGUUUUAUGGCAUGCUGAUCGGAUUGGCCAUCGGCCUCUCACGGAUGAUCGCCGAGUUUGUAUAUGGAACAGGAAGCUGUGCGAAUCCCAGCAACUGUCCCACCAUCAUCUGCGGCGUGCACUACCUCUACUUCGGUCUCAUCCUGUACGGAGUGUCGCUUGUGGUGGUGUUGGGGAUUUCAUUCAUGACCAAACCCAUCGACGACAAGCAUCUGUACAGAUUGUGUUGGAGUUUACGGAACAGUAAAGAAGAAAGGGUCGACCUGGACGCAGAAGAGUGGACCGAGGAGCCGGCCGAGUACGACAUGGAUGUUGAUGAACCCAAUGAAGAUCCCAGCUGCUGGAGAAAAGCCUACAACUGGUUCUGUGGCUUCGAGCAGAAAAAAGCGCCAAAGCUUUCCAAAGAGGAGGAGGCCGAGAUGAAGAGGCAGCUCACGGACACGUCCGAGCAGCCUCUGUGGAGGAACAUCGUGAACGCCAACGCCAUCAUCCUUAUGUGCGUCUGCGUCUUCUUCCACGGCUUCUUCGGCUGAACGACCGUGCGCAGGUGCACGUGCAUAUGGACAUCAAAUCGUUUUGGUAGCACUUGUUAUAAAGAACAUUCAGAAGGUAUUUUGACCCCUUUAUAAUUUUUGUGUAAAAAAUAAUCAUCAAGGAGAGCCUUUUGUCCAGCUGGUGGAGAGUUGGUUGACCUUUUCCAAAUUUCUCUCAUCUGCACACAUCAUCUCUGGAGCUAAAUCAGAAUGACCAUCAUGUCCAUGGACACCUCUCUUACCAAUUCUCUCCUCCCCUGAUUGCUCAGUUUGGCCAUGUGACCGGCUUUAGGAAGAAUCCAGGUUCUUAUUCCACACUUGAGGCCACUCUGCUCCUGCGCUCUUUAUUUUUUGUUUUUUUUUGCAGCCUUCCCCAAAUCUGUACCUCAGAGUCAUGUUCCUGCCUCUGAGCUUUGCAUUUAGGUCCUUUGUCCUACUGAUUUUUGCUCUGAAAUACGUUUUACACCUUAAAGACGAUUCAGAGAAGUUUGAUUCGAUUCGAUUCGAUUCGAUUCGAUUCAAUUCGAUUCAUUUCGAAUCGAUUCAAUUCGAUUCGAUUAAAUUUGAUUCGAUUUCUGUACAAGUACAGAAACAGUAAAAUGCAGUUCGAAUCCAAGUGUUAAUAACAAAAUAACAAAAUGUAAAACAAACAAACAAAUAAAUAAAUAAAACCCCUGUGGUCUGAAUACUUCCUGAACGCAUCAUAUAUAAACAUUACAGUGUAACAGCAUGUUGGUUUUAUACAUAUAAUAUAAAAAAAAACAUAUAAUUAUUUGCAAAAAAAAAGGCAUUACAAUUGAUAUCUUUCUUUUAUAUUUAUGAAUUCUUAGUAUAAUGCUUUGCAUGUAGUGUUUGUUAAACAGUUUAUUAAUAUAUAAAUAUUACUUUUUAAACUGAUAUUUUUUUGUUUUCCUAUAAUCAAAAAGUUUAUUUAAAUAAAUGUAUUAUUUUGAACUAAAAUGACACACAGAUGAAGCUAUGAAAUGAAAUAUUGUAUUCGGAUCAAUAAAUAUGGAGAUCAAUAAAAAUAAUCAAAUGCAGAAUAAAAGUGUAUUUUAUUA